AUGCGCUGCGUGUGCGUAAAUAUCGAGGAGUACAAGUGUGAGCGAGUAAGAAAACGUGUUAUGUAUUAUUAUUCGAACGUCGAAUCGGGAGAAACCUGCGUGCGGGCCUCACAGGCGGCUUCGCCCGCGCCCCGCGCCCCGCGCCCCGCCGAUCAUAUGUUCGCCGGGCGGUACGGGUACGGACGACCGGCGAUCACUGUGACUUAGGCUCUCGCCGCCGAAGCAACACAACGUAUUCGCUCGGCGCGUUCGGCAAAGCGAAAAAGAGCUACAUAAACCGCAGUGCGGUGUGCCAUGGAGCUGCUGUGUGCGGAGCGCGUGAGCCCAGGGAGCGGAGAGAGCGCCCGGCCCGGGCCGUCACCGGCGUCGCUCGCGGCUGCUUCCGACCCGGUGCUAUUGCGCCGGCGCGUGCUUGAUAACUUGUUGCGUACAGAGGAGCGCUACGCCGUAACUGCUAACUACUUCGGCACUGUGCAGACGGAAAUCACCCCCCACAUGCGCAGACUCGUCGCCGAGUGGAUGCUAGAGGUGUGUGAAGACCAAAGCUGCCAAGAAGAAGUCUUUCCAUUGGCAAUGUCGUAUUUGGAUAGAUUUUUGAGUACAUGUACGGUGGGCAAAAGCCAAUUACAACUCCUUGGAACGGCUUGCUUACUGCUCGCUUCCAAGCUGCGGGAGCCGAGUUCCCACGGUCUGCCUGCAGAACUGCUCGUAUUCUACACUGCCAACAGCAUUACGCUCACCGAUCUCUGUAGUUGGGAACUGCUGGUGCUAUCCAAGUUGAAAUGGGAUGUCGCGGGCGUGACGGCGCACGAUUUCUUACCGCUGCUAUUGUCACGGUUGCCGCUAAGAGGACACGUUAACACUUCAAUGGUCCAAAGGCACGCGCAGACAUUCAUCGCGCUUGCGGCUAGAGAUUAUGAAUUCACGUUGUAUCCUGCUAGUACUCUUGCUUCCUGUAGCAUCGCAGCAGCACUACGCGGCCUGGGAUUGGACGGACACCUAUCACGAUUGCACGAGUUAACCGGCAUCGACCUGGAUUGUCUACAGACUUGCUUAGAACAAAUUGAAGAGAUGGUGCAAACUCUUAUUGAAGAGCGCGUAAUUUCUGUCCCAAACGGACAAGGCCGGGAGGCGGCGGGGUGGACGCCGCCUCCGACCCAGGACAAAGCUCACAGCAAUGCCGCCACCCCGACUGACGUCCGUGACGUGCAUUUUUAAAAAAUCCAGUAGCAAGUAUUCUCGUUUUCUGAACGGCGAGGAGACUGCUUUAAUUAAUUUAGUACGCAAAUACUAUAAACUACAAGAAUAAAUUAGACGGUGCAUCCGUGA